CAGGCACCCUGCAACAGCCGUUUCCCGACCUCAGCCCCCUACUCCUGGUUCUGCAGCCCAAGGUCAGCUCAGGCCAGCUCCCACUUUAUGAAGUUUUGGGGAAAUUCCCCAAGUCUGGCUGUCAAGUAUUUCACAGCUGCUGUGCUGGGAGCUGGGAGGACUCACAGAUGAACCCCACACAACUCCUCCUCCUCAGAGGUUCCUAGGAGAGCAGAGGGCCUCUUGCAGCAGGAAAGACUGAAAGAAGAGGAUUCUAGGAAAUGAGGCAAAGGCUACAGUGACCCCAAGAUCCAUCGGCUGGAAGGAGAGGGCAGGACAGCCCCUUCUUCUCAGCCUUUCUGCUGCCUGCUCCAGCACCCAUUUCAGAAAGUCAGGCAGGAAGUAGGGUCCCCACUACCCAUGAUGCAGCUCCCAGGCUCUAGAAGAAGACAGCUCUGUGGGACAGGGGAACUGGGACCAAUUAUACUGCCCCAAAUGCCAGAUAUCAAGAAAACUCUGCCCGCCUGGACCUUCUCCUGUGUCCCCCCACCCCAGCAGAAUCCCCAGGACCUGUGCACACAGGGGCUCAGGCCUUACCUGCCACACGGCCUGUCAAUCAGGGCACCAGUCAUUACACUAUCAGCUCUCUGUGGCCAGGCUUCUGGUCUUGUCAUUUCUUACAUCUCUUGACAUAUGCAAGCAGCACCGACUUUUUCACAUUUGCUGAAUGUAUGCAAGGAAGAGGGCAGCUCCCUCGCUCAAGAGCGAGUGGCCAGAGGACCCACAAGACCAGAAGAAAAUUUCUGGCCAUUCAGCAUGGUGUCCCAGGGAUCCUCGCCUUCUCUCCUGGAGGCCCUGAGCAGCGACUUCCUGGCCUGUAAAAUCUGCCUGGAGCAGCUGCGGGUGCCCAAAACCUUGCCUUGCCUGCAUACCUAUUGCCAGGACUGCCUAGCCCAGCUGGCUGACGGCGGCCACCUUCGAUGCCCCGAGUGCCGCGAGAAGGUACCCGUGCCGCCAGCAGGCGUGGCUGCCUUCAAGACCAACUUCUUUGUCAAUGGGCUCCUGGAUUUAGUGAAGGCUCGGGCCGGUGGAGACCUGCGCGCAGGGAAGCCGGCCUGUGCCCUGUGCCCCCUGAUGGGGGGUGCCAGUGCUGGGGGUCCAGCCACAGCCCGGUGCCUAGACUGUGCUGAUGACUUGUGCCAGGCCUGUGCCGACGGGCACCGCUGCACCCGGCAGACGCACACCCACCGAGUGGUGGACCUGGUGGGCUACAGGGCAGGGCUGUAUGACGAGGAGGCCCGGGAGCGCCAGGCAGCCCAGUGUCCCCAGCACCCGGGGGAGGCCCUGCGAUUCCUGUGCCAGCCCUGCUCCCAGCUACUGUGCCGUGAGUGUCGCCUGGACCCCCACCUGGACCACCCCUGCCUGCCCCUGGCUGAAGCUGUGCGUGCCCGGAGACCGGGCCUUGAGGAGCUACUGGCAGGUGUGGACAAGAACAUGGCUGAGCUAGAGGCCGCCCGGAUGGCGGAAAAGGAAGCCUUAGCCUGCCUGCGGGAGCAGGUGGCCAGGGUGGGGUCACAAGUGGAAGAGGCUGCUGAGAGGGUUCUCCGAGCCCUCCUGGCCCAGAAGAAGGAGGUGCAGGGGCAGCUACGGGCCCACAUGGAAGCUGCAGAGGAGGCUGCUCGGGAGAGGCUGGGGGAGCUGGAGAGCCGGGAGCAGGUGGCCAGGGCGGCAGCUGCCUUUGCCCGUCGGGUGCUCAGCCUGGGCCGUGAGGCCGAGAUUCUGUCUCUGGAGGGGGCAAUUGCCCAGAGGCUCCAGCAGCUGCAGGGGUUUCCCUGGAUGCCUGGACCAUCCCCCUGUCUGUUGCCCCAGCUGGAGCUUCAUCCUGGGCUCCAGGACAAGAACUGCCACCUGCUAUGGCUCUCCUUUGAGAAGCAGCAGCCCCAAAAGGACAGUGGAAAAGAUGGAGCUGGAAGCCAGGAAGGCGAGGAAACCCAGAACCGCAGAGAGGAUGGAGCCCGGGCCCCAAAGGAGGACAGAACCCCAGUGCCACAGAAAGAUGGAAGCCAGACCCCAAAUGUGGAGAGAGCCCAGACCCCAAAAGAGGGCAGAUCCCAGAUGCCCCAAGAAGACGGGGGAGCCCAGACUGGCGGCAGGUCCAACAAGAAGAGGAAGUUCAAAGGCAGGCUCAAGUCAAUUUCCCGGGAGCCCAGCCCAGCACCUGGACCAAACCUGGAGGACUCGGGCCUCCUCCCCAAGCCCAUCUUUUCCUGCAGCUUUCCCACGCGGAUGCCUGGUGACAAGCGGUCUCCCCGGAUCACUGGGCUCUGUCCCUUUGGCCCCCGGGAGAUCCUGGUGGCAGAUGAGCAGAACAGGGCUCUGAAGCGCUUCUCCCUUAAUGGUGACUACAAAGGCGCCGUGCCUGUCCCCGAGGGCUGCUCCCCGUGCAGCGUGGCGGCCUUGCAGGGUGCGGUGGCCUUCUCGGCCGGGGCUCGGCUCUACCUCAUCAGCCCUGACGGGGAGGUGCAGUGGCGCCGAGCCCUGAGCCUCUCCCAGGCCAGCCACGCUGUGGCUGCAAUGCCGAGCGGGGACCGGGUGGCUGUCAGCGUGUCGGGUCACGUGGAGGUGUAUAACAUGGAAGGCAGCCUGGCCACCCGCUUUAUCCCCGGGGGCAAGGCCAACCGGGGCCUUCGGGCACUGGUGUUCCUGACCACCAGCCCCCAGGGCAAUUUUGUGGGGUCGGAUUGGCAGCAGAAUAGCGUGGUGGUCUGUGAUGGGCUGGGCCAGGUCAUUGGGGAGUAUGGAGGACCAGGCUUGCACGGCUGCCAGCCGGGCUCUGUGUCUGUGGAUAAGAAGGGCUACAUUUUUUUGACCUUGCGAGAGGUCAACAAGGUGGUGAUCCUGGACCCAAAGGGGUCACUACUAGGUGACUUCCUGACAGCCUAUCACGGCCUGGAAAAGCCCCGGGUGACCACCAUGGUGGACGGCAGGUACCUGGUCGUGUCCCUCAGUAACGGGACCAUCCACAUCUUCCGGGUCCGUUCUCCUGACAGUUAAAGGGCUGGGACUGGGUGGGACUGGGGAGGGAGUGGGGAGGGAGUGGGGCAGGAGGAGGGAGGCAGGGUUGCCAUGCGGUAUGGUAGACUAGGGCAUUUUCCCUGAGGGCAGGUGUUGGCAGCCUUUCAGUGUGACAUGCCACACUGCCAGCCCCUUUUUGGGUGGGCAGAGGUAGGGACCGAGGGUUGCGGCAUGACCAUAGCCCUCACAGGCAAAGGAGGACAGCUGGCAGGGUGCUGGGAGUUGACCGCACCUCUUGCUUUUUGGUGGGUGACUGCUCCCACCAUUGCCGCCAGCCCUUCUGCUACUGUCCUUAGAGUUUAAGUCUCUGAGAUUUGUAAGCUGGUCCUAAUUUGUGUUCUUCAAAACCAUUCCUGGUGGAGGAGCCGGCAAGAGUCUUGAGCAGGUGGGUGGGCCGGAGUCCCCCGAGCCCAGAAGGGCUCAGGGUAUGUCGGGCACAUGCCUUCCGGGGGAGCUGAGAGCUGGCUUUCCUCAGGUUGGAACAGGGACACACGCCAGGUCAGAAGAGGCCUGGGAUCUCGAAAUGUCAGUUAAUGGCAUCUUCCACCAGCCGCGGCCAGGAAGUAUACAGGCUUCUCUGAUAAUGGCGCCCCCAGUGCAGUAUGGGGUGGGGGACCAAGUACAGAUGCCAGCUGAGGUCAAGGUCUCAGGGUCUCUGGCAGGGCCAGAGUCUAACGCACAGGGUUCUGAGCGUGAGAGAAGGGGGACCCCCUGGAGCCCCACCACCUCCAAGCCCAGACCUGUGUAGGCUGUAAAAUCCUUUCUGUAUUGAUAUCUGUACAUCCAUACCUGGAGUCUAUUUUUAGUUUCCUCUUAGUUUUCCAACAGAGUUCCUUUUGAGCAAUUUUGGCUCUCAUUGGGCUGAACUAAGGGGUGAAGGCAUGUGUCCUUCGGUAGGCCACUGCUGCUGGGGAAAACAGCCUCGCCCUGGAGGCCAGUAAGGGAUUGGGAGACAGAACAGCUGGGAAACCUAAGAAGUUGGUAGUGGGGCUGGGAAGGUGAAGGAGUAGAAACCGGAGGGAAGGACCUAGCUGGAGGUGAGUCACCACCCUGGUCCUUUGCACAGGCCGUUGCGGUGGUGGAGCCGAAGCGGACGUGUUUAGCCGGGGCUGUCGAGAGAAGACCUAAGGGAGUCGAAACGUGGGGAUUGUGGACAAUGGAGUGUUCGUGAGAACCAGAGUAAUUUUGGACAAGGCCAAGUAGAAAUCGCAGGGCAUUAGGGGUGGGGAAAAGAAAAUCCUUUUUCUGGGGAGAUUAUUGCUAGUUUAUGGAAGCGAUAGGGGAAAUGUCAAGUGGGCAGAUUCAAUUAUAUAAAAAUUUGAGAUGUAUACACAGCAAGGAAUAAUGAAGAUUAAAAAAACCCAAUAAGAUGAGAAAGCCACGUAAUUGACCUGAGUGAGAGCAGGGCCUCCACAGAUGGUGCAGCGAUGAAGAUUCCACACUUGGUCAGGGGCCUGGACAGGCUGUGCACCGGGAGGAGGUGCUCACGGGCCUGGGCGACUAAGCGAAAAGAUUUUAACAAGUCAGCCACUUUCAUGUGUCGAAAAUGCAUUUUUAAAAUAUGUCGUGGAGAAAUAGACUCCUGGCACUGUAAAACAUUGCUUCCUGGAGAGAAAUUUGGGAAUACUCGGCAAGAGUAUAAAAAAAAAAAGACUGUACUCAGUUAUCUCACUUUGGGGAAUACAUUCUGGGAAAGUAAUUCAGAAAAAAAAAAGUCUUUGCUCAGAGACAUUUGUGGCCACCCUAUAAAUCAGAGCCUUGACUGGAAACCGCUCAGCCGUGGGGGGACAGCUAAGUAGAUUGUGGUCGGUUAGGAAGAUGAGCUACUGCCUCCAUGCAUGAUAACUAUGAAAACUAUUUACAAGAAUAUGUUAUGUGAUGCAAUCAUAAGCGAAACAAAGAAGAGAGUUUGGAUCAUGAUCACAUGACGGUAGCAAUAUGGUGAAAGUGCGUCUGAUUCAUUAGUGAGUGGAAAUAGGUUCAAAACGUGUAAAUAGUGAUUUGGGAGAUUGGGUCCUUUCUGCGUUAUUUCAUGCUGUUAUUCAUAUAUGCACAUUUUUACUUAGUUAUUGUUGUCCAUUAAGUAACAUGUAUGCUUGACUAUUUACUUAAAAAACACAACUCUAUAAAUGAUAUUUAAGAGCAGCUAGGGACUGGAUUUGCAGGGGUCUAGCUGGUGACUGAGCAAGGAACUCCCCCUGGGAAGGUUGACAGAGGGUAGGCGGCCCCCCCCAGGUGAGGGGAUCGUGUCGUCGUGUUUGGAAGGCAGAGGAAGGUCUAGUUGACUUUGCCAACUAACUCAGACCAACCGGAAACCAGGCAGUGGUUCUAAAGGACCAACUCGUGUCGUGUAGCCAUGAGUGGCUCUGGUGGGGAGGGUGUGUCUUUGCAGCCUUGUCUGCAGGUUUAACAAAAAGGUGGCUCAUAGCUGGUGCUUGGUUAAACGUGUGUGAAAUGAGUAUCUGUGAAAAGGGAUGGGACGGUGGUAAGACUCCGGAGAUUUGCCACCUUAAAUGCUGUAACCCCAUCCAACCAAGUUGUCCAAAACCUUGGCUUAUGGGAAAUCUUCAGCAGGGGGACACUGUGGACACUGUCCACCAUGUGCUUCCCAGGGGGUGGCUCAGCUCCCAGUCAGAAAAGAGAUGAGAUUGGGCUGUCCUGCUUAUUACGUAUGUGGAGGGUCCCGAGGGACCACAUACCUUCGGGCUGACAGAGCGGCUCUGCAGAGCUGUACAGGAACCGUAUGCCGCGGGCCUGGCUGGUGAAAUGGCUCCAGCCAGUGCCUCUCCCAGGAGCAAAGCAGGAAUUCUGACCUUUAGAAAGGAAAUGUCACCUGACUGCAAGAAGAAAGUCUCACUGGUGCAAGAGUUCUUGGUAAACUACCGAUCUUGAGAAGUCAGGAACGUUGUGAGAUUCGUGCCACCCCACCCCCACCCUGCAUUGGACCAUGACAAUUAACUUGAUCAAUUAUUCCCUUUCCUGUUUGGAACUUUCUAGAUUGUGCACGUACUGGUGAAAGGAGAAUGCCAUUCAUUCAGGUAGGGAGAAGGGGAGCAGAAAACCUCUUUCACAGUCUUUGCACUUAAAAAAGUGGAUGAGGAAGCAGAGAACUGGGUUGAGUGCUGGCUCUUCCACUCAGCGUUCUCUUGGGCUCGCUCCCUGACCUCUCCGAACCUCAGUUUCUACAUUAGUAAAAUGGGGAUAAUGAUAUCCACCAUGCCCAGCUCACAGGGUUGUUGUGAGGCCUGGGUGAGAAGUAGAGAAAAGGAUAUUGUAUUUUAUAUGCCAUAAAGCUCAAAUCCUAGGUAUUGAUUGGAAAAAAUUUCAACCGACAUGUCCUAACUUAAUACUGUUCUGUCAGUGUAAGCUUGAAUGGGGCAUUGUGUGCACUACUGCGAGGUGAAAGCUCCCGAACAUCUGGGUAGAGCUGUUCUCUGCUUCUCCUUUGAGAAGGUUAUUUUACAUUCCAGCUGUUAUUUGAAGAUGCCAUAUACUAUGACAACUGUGACUGUUGGAGGAGAAGGGACCAAUGGCCAGCUUGCCAAGAUGGAAUGCUAUUCCUAAAAGCCAGCUGAGAAUCAGACUUUACAAAUGAAGGACUGAUAACCUUUGACUUUGAGAAGUUCAAAAUGGUGAGAGUGGCCAAAUCUCUUGAUAAUUUAGAGAAAAUAUAAUUCGGGAGGGAAUAGCUCUCCUUUUACUGUAGUCUUAUUAUCACUAUGUCUAUAAAGCUAUGCUAUAUAAUAAAUCUACAGACGUAAGAUUUCACAGGGGCAGAAAUCCAAGAGGGAAGUCUGAAAUCUUCCAGGGAAAUUGAUGAGGUUGGUGACCUGAACUGGGUAGGGUUCAAAGUUGGGUGCCUGGCCGUCUCUCCUGGUGAGUCAGCUGGAAACUCGAGUUAUCCCAUAAAUUAAGUGGGAGACUGGUCAGGGCACGGAGUUCUGUUUUGGGGAGAAUGCUGGGGCGGGGAUCUGCCAGAGAGCACUCAAGAAAACGUCCCUAGCAAGAGAAAGACCCAGUUCCGACGCGGGCUUAGAAAGAUUGGUAACUUGACCAGAGGUAGUAGAACCAUCUGGUUUGUGAAUAUAGUUUAAUUAAAUGGAUCAGGACAAGAGCAAAAAAUUAUUUUUGAGGGACCACAGAUGCCUUUGGUUAGAGGAUGCCUUUUGCAGCAGGGUUGGUAUGGACCUCCCUUGAAGCGUUAGGUGAGGAAUCUUUGGGACCAAAUAGAGAAGGGCCUGUGUGUAGAGGCAAACAGGAAGUAGGUGUGGGGAGGUUUUAGAAGACAGCCUGACUUGUUUCAGGAGAAAGUUAGAACUGCUUGGCUCAGGAGCCAAGAGAGACAGGGUUGAAAAUGGAAUUGGGGUCUUGGUAUCCAUGGUGUCAGCCCAGUAAAUUUCUCUUAGUUGCAAUGGGCUGAAAAAUCUGUUGUAAACUCUUAUUCCUUCGAUUGUGUACUUUGUAUCUUUCUUCUGUUUUCUUAAUAAAUUCUUUUUAAAAAUUUGA